CCAGAAUAUUAUUUGAAAUCUAUGAGUUAAUUUAGCAUCAUUAGAUAGGGUUAUAACGUAACUUAAAUACACAAGGAGGCUAUUUAUGAUGUGUUCUCAAGAAGCUAGAAAUAGAAGGUGUUUGUCAAUUAGGCAGAAUACAUUCGAAAUCAAUUGAAUCAGCUCUUUGGUCCUUAAUGGGUUGUAUUUGUAUGGGAAAUUGGAUUAAAUUACGAUUAUUCCUAUUUUAACAAAGAGGAGUAUGUUUUUGAAUUUGAAUGUGACAAUAAACGAUGUCUGAUUUUGAAAUGGAAUUUUGUUCAAUCAGAAUAUAAGCCUGUUGAGUAUAACAUUUAUAAUGAAUUUAAGAGUGAAGUAUUUGAGCAAGAUGAUGUGA